AUGUCCGAAGAAGCUUUGCUAGUCGGAGCUUAUGACCACAGCACCUAUGGUACCACGCGACUGACGGAUUCUACUAAGGAAUCUCGUUUUAUCGCCAAGUCGUCUGGGCCCUUGGUGGUGACUUUUUUCCUCCAGUAUUUCAUGUCCAUCGUGUCGAUUUAUGCGACGGGAAAGCUCGGACCAACAGAAUUGGCUGCCGCUUCUUUGGCACUCUGCUCUUUCAACAUUACCGGUCUUUCUGUGUACCAGGGAAUGGCCACGUGCCUAGAUUCCUUCUGUUCUCAAGCAUAUGGUGCCGGAAAGCUUGAUUUGGUUGGCGUCUAUUUCCAGCGGUGCUCGCUGAUGAUUUUAGCGCUCACGAUUUUCCCGCUAGCACCGUUGUGGUGGUGGUCCGGCGCCAUUUUGAAACAUUUGGUCCCAGACCCGCUUUUGGCGGAAAUGUGCCAGACAUACUUGCGGAUUCUUCUUUUUGGAGCCCCUGGUUUGCUAUUCUUCGAGACAGGCAAGCGCUUCUUGCAGGCACAGCACAUUUUUAAUGCGGGAACGUAUGUUUUGGCGGUGGCAGUGCCGUUGAACUUCCUUGCCAAUUGGCUCUUAGUGUGGCACCCAAAAUAUGGACUUGGGUUCAUUGGCGCUCCUAUUGCGCUGGUUCUCGGAUAUUGGUCCAUCGCGUUGCUUUUGUGGGCGUAUGUUGUUUUUGUGGAUGGUAAAAAGUGCUGGGCUGGGCUCAAUUUGAAAAAGGCCUUUGUAAACUGGCGGCCCAUGUUGGCCUUGGCAUUACCUGGUGUGGUGAUGGUGGAAGCAGAAUACUUGGCGUUUGAGGUGUUGACGAUUUUUGCAGCCGCUUUCGGAACAAAGGCCCUUGCAGCCCAGUCUAUAGCGUCCAAUGUGGGAAGUUUGGCGUUCCAGCUUCCUUUUGCUGUGGCUGUUGGUGUAAGCACCCGAAUCGGUCACUUUGUUGGAAUGAAAGACAUUGCUGCUGCCCGAACAGUCACCCGUGUGUCGUUCUUGUAUGGUGCAGCCAUAUCGCUUUUCAACUUUAGUGUUGUUUUCUUCAACAGAGGCUUUUUUGCUUCGGUGUUCACGACUGAUGAAACUGUUUUGCUCGAGGGAAAGAAGAUUCUCACGCUUGUGGCGGUCAACCAACUCUGCGACGGCAUUAAUGUGCUUGGAGCAGGUGUGUUGCGUGGUCAGGGCCGCCAGAAGCUUGGUUCAUGCUUCAAUUUAGUGGCAUACUAUGCCAUCGCCUUGCCAUUGGGAUAUUUGCUUGCUUUUUGGGCUGGUUUGGAGUUGCGGGGCUUAUGGCUCGGUCUUAUUUCUGGAGUGGCCUUUUUGGCUUUCUGUGAAUGCGCUUGCAUUUGGUGGAGCAACUGGAAGACUAUAGUUGAAGAUUCAGAGGGCAGACACGAUCACUAG